GUAUAUUUAUAUACACUGUACAAUUGUUGUCUAUAUCUUCUCUGCUGACCCGAGAAGCUGUCGUGUUGGUGUAAAGAAUCUGUGUAUUCUUCUCUGUUUGCAAGAAGUUGGAUCGGUCUGCUCUGCAGUAAGCAUUUCAAAGUCAAAAGCAAGUCAGUGAUCAAGGCUAAAGAAAUCUCCAAGGAUCACAAAACACCUCAAAGUCACACUAGCAAUUUGGCAAACAUUUGUCUAAUUGUACUUUUGUAAGUGAGCAAGAAGAUAUGAUCUUUGAAGUUUGAAGUGUUUGAUCUCAUAUUUGACAGAUUUAUAAAUUCCAACAAAAAAAAUAUUAAGGAAAAGUGUCAAGAAGAUACUGAAACAUAAAAUCCUUUUAUUAUAUUUCUUCAAGUGUAGUGUUAAAUUCAUUACAGGCGCAGAUCAUAAUGGUUGAGUUGCAAAUCAUCAGUGAUGUUGCUUCUUCCUCUAACUCUUCUUCUAUGGUGUCUUCAAAAAAAUAUGAAGUUUUUCUAAGCUUUCGUGGUGAGGACACCCGCAUGAACUUCACAAGCCAUCUUCAUGAAGCUUUGAAGAAAAAGGAAGUUGAAACCUUUAUAGACUAUGAGCUUAGAAAGGGAGAUGAAAUCUCACCAGCACUCAUCCAAGCCAUAGGAAAUUCUCUUGUAUCUAUUGUCAUCCUCUCACCAAACUAUGCUUCCUCAAAAUGGUGCUUGGAAGAACUCAGCAAGAUUUUAGAAUGUAGGAAAAAGCAAGGACAAAUGGUGAUACCUGUAUUUUACAAUAUAGAUCCAUCCCAUGUGAGGAAGCAAACUGGAAGCUAUGAGCAAGCCUUUGCAAAACAUAAGGAAGAAUCCAAUUACAACAAAUGGAAAGCUUCUCUCAAUGAAAUAGCCAAUUUAGCUGGGUGGGACUCUCAAAAUAGGACUGAAUCAGAACUCCUUAAGGAAAUUGUUGGAGACGUUUUGCAAAAAUUGACUCCUACUUACCGAAACCAACUUAAAGGUCUGGUAGGAAUUGAGGACAAUUAUGAAGAAAUUGAAUCAUUACUGAAAAUUGAGUCAACUGAAGUUAUAACCAUUGGAAUAUGGGGUAUGGGUGGCAUAGGAAAGACCACCCUAGCUACUACUUUGUAUGCAAGAUUAUCUCCUUGUUUUGAAGGUUUUUGUUUCCUGAAAAAUGUAAGGGAAAAUUCAAGCAGCCAUAAUGGACUUGAAGCUUUACAUAACAAACUUUUCGCCAAGUUGUUGGAGAUCGAAAAUCAUUGUUUUGAUAUGAAUUUUGUGAGGCGUAAGCUUAAACAUAAAAAGGUUUUCAUUGUGUUGGAUGAUGUGGACACCUUACAACAAUUAGAAUAUCUAGUUGAAGAUUAUGAUUUGUUGGGGCCAGGAAGCAGAGUCAUUGUUACAACUAGAAAUAAACAAAUUUUUAGUCUAGUUGAUGAAGUAUAUGAGGUCAAGGAAUUGAGCUAUGAUCAAUCUCUUCAACUUUUUUGUUUGACUGUUUUUGGAGAAAAACAACCUAAACAUGGAUAUGAAGAUCUUUCAAGAAGUGUAGUUUCCUAUUGCAAAGGCGUUCCUUUGGCUUUAAAAGUUAUAGGUGCAAGUCUUCGUCGAAGAAGUGAAGAGGUUUGGGAAAGUGAAUUGAGAAAGCUCCAAAAGAUCCCAAAUAUGCAAAUUCAUGACAUUUUAAAAUUGAGUUAUGAUGGCUUAGAUCGUUCUCAAAAAAACAUCUUUUUAGACAUUGCCUGCUUACUGAAAGGAGAAAACAAGAAUUUUGUAACAAGUCUACUAGAAGCUUGUGGUUUCUUUGCAGUUUCUGGAAUCGAAGUCCUUUUGGACAAAGCUCUUAUAACAAUUUCAAAUUACAAUUUGAUAGAAAUGCAUGACUUGAUACAACAAAUGGGUCAAGAAAUUGUUCAUCAAGAAUCCAUCAAAGAUCCUGGAAGACGAAGUCGAUUAUGGAAACAUGAUGAAGUGUAUGAAGUAUUGAAAUAUAACAAGGGAACUGAUGAUGUUGAAGGGAUAAUUUUUAAUUUGGAUACAUUAACUGAGGAUUUGUGUUUGAGCUCUGAUUUCCUUGCAAAGAUGCCUAAUGUGAGAUUUCUUAAAAUCCAUACAGAGCACUGGAAGCAGAACAAAUUUAAUGUGUCCCUUCCUCAUGGUCUCAAGUCAUUCUCUUAUAAAUUGAGGUACCUUCAAUGGAAAGGAUUUUGUCUCGAGUCUUUGCCGUCUAACUUUUGUGCUGAACAACUUGUAGAGCUUGACUUGUCUUUGAGCAAGGUUAAAAGGCUUUGGGAUGGGGUUCAGGUAGGAAUGUGGCUAUACUUGCUACAUUAUUUUUCUCUAAGUUUUUAAAGGAUCUUUCGAAUUUAAAGACAAUUCUCUUAUAUGACUUUCCAGGGCUGGUUGAGAUUCCGGACUUAUCUAUGGCAAGAAAACUUGAACGUAUUUCUCUUAUUG